AUGGCGGAGGCAACGCCUCAUACGUCCAAUGCAGAAAUAAUUGCAAACGUCGAACCACUCUACCAGGUCAAGUUGUUGGCGGCUCUUCGAAACGGGGACCCGUCCGUAAUCCACCCAUUUCUCGCCGAAAUCAGUAAAGACAAGCGAAAGAGUGUGGAUGGAGACAUCGAUACUGGCGCAGCAGCAUUGCAUCUCGCUGUGAGAUGCGGAUCAGUUCAAACAGUGGCUUUACUUCUGGCCCAUCGAGCUAUCUCGCCAAACGGCAUUCACCCACCAGGAUCUGGAACUACGGCUUUGCAUCUGGCAGCUUCUCUUGGGAGAGCAGACGUUGUCAACCUUCUGCUGGAACAAGAAAACAUAGACGAUAGCAUACGUGAUAACCAAGGAAGGACUUGUAGAGAUGUGGCAAGAAACAAAGACGUCAUUCGGACAAUUGAUGAUUCUCGAUCUCUUCUCAAUACAACCUACCGAACGUUGCUGAGGAGCUACAUCUUUUCACCAAUCAAUGAUCCGCCAGUACCUGCCCUGAUCCAAUUUCUGGAAUCGCCUAGAAUCAAAUUUGUGGAUCUGUCAUACCUUGACAACGAUUCGGGGACGUCUCUCUUGCAUGAAGCAGCACGACGCAAAGACCUCCGGCUUAUCGAGCUAGCUGUCAGAGCCGGCGCAGAUGUAUUCGUUCGGAAUCGGAAGGGCAAAAUGGCUUAUGAAGGGACUGGUAAAGAUGAUCGCGUUCGGGUCUUCCUGCGGCAAUUGGCCAAUCACGACAAGACCUUAAUUCAGAACUCUGCUCCGUUGACGGAACCGCCGGUGUUAAAAGGAUAUCUGAACAAAUACACCAAUGUAGCCAAAGGCUAUAAUACUCGGUGGUUUGUGCUGAGAAAUGGGGUGCUUUCAUAUUACCGACAUCAAGAUGACGAAACCGUUGCUAGCCGAGGCUCAAUAUCGAUGAAAACUGCGGUGCUUCAUAUUGCAGAGCGUAAUCGAUUUGAAGUGCAUUCUCUGCCUUCGAAAGGAAGCCACAACUCUAUCACACAAAAAUGGUAUAUGAAAGCAAAUCAUCCCGUGGAAGCACAUCGAUGGACAGAGGCAAUUAACAAGAGCAUUGAGUGGUUCAAACAACGGGAAAAUGGGAUUGAUAGCGACGCUUCGUCAAUAAACGCUUCGAGACGAAGAAGUACGGAUAGUGAACAUAGCGGGAUAAAAUCGACACCAUCGAUGCAAUCACAAAGUCUUUCAAGCCACCUGUGGAGGAAAAGUGCGCCUGGGGGCAGUGGCAGAGACCGCGAUUCCAUGACAGGGUCAACGUACACGUACAUCGACUCCGCGGAUGCCAGUCCAAACCUGAUGCAAAAUGACACAGUAGGACCCUCUGCUGCAUCUCAUCACACAAUCGAGAAUGAUGGCGGGGAGGAAGACAACGAUGAAGAGGAUUCUUCAUCUGCAAACUCCGACGAGAAAACACCUCCGCACUCAAACUUUGAGCUUCAAGGUAGCGCCACCUCCACUCAGCUUGAGCUUUGUGCUCAAUUAGCCUCGAACCUGUCUUUCACUCGCGAUACGCCCCGUCGAGUACUUGAAAGCCAUCAAGCACUCCAGGAAUCCUUGCGCAUAACGCAGAAUCUUUUAAACGACUUCUUGCAAAUCACUAGGGAAAGGGAGGACUGGUGGGCCAAACAGCUGAAGAAGGAAAGAGCGCGCCAGCAUUUCUGGGAAGAAAGUCUUGCUACUGUGGUUAAGGAGGGUGAAACCCUUGAGAGAGAGCUUAGGAACAGAAGCAGGAAACGUGGUAGUCGUGUUUUCGGUCCGAGCGCGAUGGGUUCUUUCCACGAGAAGAAGAGACCGACGGCCUUGGGCCUGACCCCGACAUCUUCGACACUGUCACAACCUUUAGCUGAAGAGCCACCUUCACCUCAGGCGGACGGUCCUCCUCCACCUUCUGCAAUUGUUAAUACCCCUAAAUAUUCUCCGCCGCCUCCACUGCCCAUUCCUAGUUUUGCUGUUAGCCCCCCUACCCCUAUCGAUCCUAUACCCCACCCAGUCGCCAAGAAGUCACCAAUACGAAGCCCUGAGAUUGCUAUUGGCAGACAUCCAUCUCCAAUGUCGCUCGAUGCAACAGCUAUUAAUCUUACUCAAGACUCGGUCAUCGAUGACGAAUACGAGCGCGACACUGAUGACGAAGACGAAUUCUUUGAUGCCAUCGAAUCCAACAACCUUCCGAACUUGUACAUCAACGAGGGCCUGAAGAGUCCGGCAAGCGACAUGUCAUUCUCACCGACCCAAGCUGCUGAACCAUCUCCAGCCGAAUUGCUGAGCUUGGCCACUCUCAAGGGUCCAUUGCCUCAGGGAACCAAUUUGGAACAGUAUGCAGGCUACGCCCAUCUUCGUAGCAGACUGGCAAUUGGCAGUGACCAGCGCCCCAGUACAAGUCUAUGGAGUGUUUUGAAGCAUAGUAUUGGCAAGGAUUUAACGAAGAUCAGUUUUCCUGUGUUCUUUAACGAGCCGACGAGUAUGUUGCAAAGAAUGGCAGAAGACAUGGAAUUCUCGGAAUGCUUGGAUGUCGCUGCUCAUGAGAGCGAUCCUCUUCGGCGCAUAGCAUUCGUGGCUGCAUUUGCGAUGUCAAAUUAUUCUUCUACUAUAGGGCGAAUUGCGAAGCCUUUCAAUCCUAUGCUCAGCGAAACAUUUGAAUAUGUGAGGCUCGAUCGGCAGUACCGCUAUGUAUCGGAGCAAGUCAGCCAUCAUCCUCCAAUUUCAGCAUGUUGGGCAGAAUCGCCUUCAUGGCACUACUACGGAGAAGUUGACGCCCAAAACAAGUUUAUGGGGAAAUCAUUUGAGAUCAGGCCCACAGGUGUCGCUCAUGCCAACUUGCUAUUACCGGAAGACGCUGCCCCCGAAUAUCCAAGAGCACAAGGCGAGCUCGCCAAAGGGAAGGUUUUGGAACAUUACAGUUGGAAGAAGGUUACCACGAACGUAUCUGGAUUCAUAUUAGGGUCUCCGACGAUCGACCAUUAUGGAGAUAUGGUGGUUACGAAUCAUCGAACCGGAGAUCAAUGUAUUCUUACCUUCAAACCCCGUGGGUGGCGAGGGAAGGAUGCCUAUGAGAUCUCUGGUCAAGUUAUCGACCACAAUGGCCAAGUAGCAUACGAGAUCGCUGGUCGAUGGAACUCCCAGCUAGUGGCGAAGAAGGUUGGAUUUGGCAAUGGUCAGCUUCACCCCGACAUCUCCAUGACAGGACCAAACUCUCCAUCCGUCGCUCCUGAAUACAUCCUACUUUGGCGAAAUUCGGAUAAACCAGCUGGAUCUCCGUUCAACCUUACACCGUUUGCCAUUACAUUGAACGAUUGCCCACAGGAUACUCUCCGACCCUUCCUGUGUCCCACGGACUGUCGACUACGACCUGAUCAAAGAGCGUUUGAGUUGGGCAAAUACGAGCUGGCAAACGAUCUGAAGUCGGCGCAGGAAGAAAAGCAGCGAUCGAUUAGGAGGGCGAGAGAGGAAGGGAAGUUAGCGCCACAUACCCCUAGGUGGUUCACGGCUGAAACAGAUGGGGACACUGGAGAGAGGGUGUGGAGCCCUGUACGGACACACGAUCACAAGCUCGAAUAUUGGGAAGAAAGGGAAAGGGUUUGGGCAAACGGAGGAGGUGCUACAUGGAAGGGCGUGGACCCGAUAUUCAUCGAGGAACCUCCACUUAUAUCUGAGCUCUUGAAGAAGACUGCUAAAUACUAG